AUGUCGCGCGUCUUGGAAGGAAAGCUGGCCAUCGUCACUGGCGGAUCGCGGGGAAUCGGCGAGGCCGUUGCCCGCAAUCUGGCCUCGAAGGGCGUCUCUCUUCUCCUAAACUAUACCUCCGAUUCAUCACGCGCGCCCACGGAGAAGAUUUGCGCUGAAUUGGCCGCUGAGCACAAGGUCCGCUGCGAGUUCGUUCAAGCGGAUCUGGGCAAGCCCGAUGAAGCCACGGCCGCCAUUCUCAACGCUGCGCACCAGCACUUUGGUUCCUCGGGAAAAUUGCAAAUCGAUAUCCUCAUCAACAAUGCUGGUGUCUCGGCGGAUCGAGAUCUGAAUGACGCCCAGCGCGGCCCAAUCACUGCUGACCACUUUAACUGGCACUACACCAUCAACGUGCUAGCCCCCUUGCUGCUCACCCAAGCGGUCGCCCCUUUCCUCCCCACGGACCGCUCAGGACGAAUUGUCAAUAUCUCCAGUGUGUCGGCCUCAAUGGGCUUCGUCGGUCAGUCUAUGUAUGGCGGUACCAAGGCGGCUCUAGAGUCUAUGACCCGGACCUGGGCGCGGGAAUUAUCUGACCGGGCCACGGUCAACGCGGUCAACCCUGGCCCUGUCAUUGGUGAUAUGUAUUUCAAGGCCGGUGAGGCUUUCUGGAAUGAUAUCCAGGGUUAUAUGGAUAAUACGCCCAUGACCAAGUUGGAUGUGGAUGAUGAGUCGACUAUGAGCCGGUUGACUGAGGAGCAGAUUCGCUUGAUCAAGGAAAAGAUGGGUGGUCGUCGACCGGCAUUCACUAGUGAAAUUGCUGGCGUUGUCUGUAUGCUAUGCACCCCCGAUGGUGUUUGGAGCACUGGUAGUGUUGUAUGCGCCAAUGGCGGUAUGAGGAUGGGUGUUUAA